AUGUCUAGAAUUAUUCUCUUGACUGGUGCUACAGGUACUAUUGGAAAGCUUUUACUUGAAUUUUUGAAUGAAAAAUCAACAACAGAAGAAUUGACUGUUAGAAUUAUUGUAAGAAAUGUUGAGAAGGCAAGGGAAAAUGUAAAGAAUUUUGAAAAGUUAAAAUUUGAAUUUGUUGAAGGAGAUUUGAAUGAUUUGGAUAGCUUGAAGGAUCCACAAGAGGUAUUCAAUCAAAUUGAAAGAUUAUUUAUUCUCACAAUUGAUAGUCCUGAUAAAUCAGAUAUUGAAACUAGAUUGGCAGAGUUGGCACUUGAACAUUCACCAUCUUUGGAACAAAUUGUCAAGUUCAGUGCUUUGGGAGCAUCUGAAGAUUGUGAAACAAAUAGUGUUUUCCGUUGGCAAGGAGAAGCUGAAAAGUCACUCAUCAAGCUCCUUAAAAAUCAUAACAAGAAAGAAAAGAAUCAUUUGGUUUCACUUGUCUUGAUUAGACCUAAUCUAUUCAUGCAAAAUUUAUUGUGGAAUGAUGAAUUGGAAUCUAUUAAGGGAGGAUUUCUCAUUCGUCCAGAUUCCAAUCCAACAAGUUUAUUCCACAUUUCUCAUGUUGAUGCCAGAGACAUUGCCGAAUUAAUUUCCAUCGUAUUAUUGGAGAAGGAUCACAAGAAGCAUGGCAAUCAAACCUAUAACAUUACAGGACCAAUGGUUUUAACCUAUGAAGAAAUUGCAACCAUGCUUUCCAAUCAUUCAGGAAAGGAAAUUACCUAUCAAGCAGUUCCAGAAUCCUACUAUGCUGACAUUCUCAAACAAGCUCAACUUCCCAACGAGUUCAUCUGGACAAUGCUCAAACUCUAUCAAACCUACAAGUGGAAUCCAAUGACUCGUCUCAUUUUCAGUGAUUUCCAAAUAAUCACUGGCAAGCCACAACGUUCCUUUGAGCAAUUCCUCUCUGACUAUCAAUUCUCCCUCAAAUUACAAUAA